AACUUUUAAAUACCAUGCUGGUAAUACAAUGAAAUUAUAAAAAACAAAAAAGUUUUUAAUGUCCUCAAAAGUAGUAAUUAUGGAGAUUAACAACAUUUGGAUGGUCUCAAAAGUACUCCUUCACUGAAAAAUUUCUACAGACAUGUGUUUUAGAUACCACAAACAUUAAGAACUGGAGUUGCUAUAUAGGGUGUCACUGUGAAUUAGAGGAUGUUAAUGCAGUACUGCAUUCAAAGUAGAAUGAAACACCAAAUACUAUACAAUACUAAAUGAGGACGCCUGGUGGCGCUGCAGGAUAACAGAGCGAAGAAUUGCUAGGCGAAUACCCAGUUCGCCAUUAUGCAGGCAAUCAGAACUCUGAAUGCUUCCUGAAAGCAUUUUAGAUGGCAUCUAGAGAAGGGAUCAUCAGAGAAGGAACCGUUCUAAAUGCAAGUCAGUCGUCCAGAUUUAAUUCACUGUCGUUUACCAAAUCAUCUGGGUGGAUUGUACAGUGAGGUGGAGAAACUGCAUCUUCUGGACCGGGGCUGAACAAUGGAGACUGCCCCAGCAAAAACGCUGCACAAAAGGCAAGUUGCUUUUCUUGUUAUGCUGUUGUUUGUGUGGGAGGCUGGCUCUGAGGCGAUUAGGUAUUCGAUGCCAGAAGAGACAGAAAGUGGCUACCUGGUGGCCAACCUGGCAGAAGAUGUGGGGCUCAGGGUGGGGGAGCUGGCCACUCGAGGCGCGCGAAUCCAUUACAGAGGAACCAGGCAGCUCUUGCAGCUUGAUGUACAGACUGGCAAUUUGCUUCUGUGUGAAAAGCUAGACCGGGAGGGGCUGUGCGGGGCGACAGAACCCUGUGUGGUGCAUUUCCAACUGUUACUGGAAAACCCCGUGCAGUUUUUUCAAGUCGAACUGCAACUCACAGACAUAAACGACCAUUCUCCAGAGUUCUUAGAGAGAGAAACCCUCCUUAAAAUCCCAGAGAGUGCCCAGCCAGGGACCGUGUUUCCUCUGAAAAUAGCCCAGGACUUUGACAUAGGGAGCAACACUGUUCAGAACUACACGGUCAGCCCCAACUCCCAUUUUCAUGUGGUGACUCACAACCGCGGGGAUGGCAGGAGAUAUCCAGAGCUGGUGCUGGAUAAAGCUCUGGACAGGGAGGAUCAGCCCGAGCUUAGUUUAAUCCUCACAGCUGUGGAUGGUGGGGACCCGCCCAGGUCGGGGACCACGACAGUACGCAUUGAAGUCGUGGACAUCAAUGAUAACGCCCCUGAAUUUUCACAGUCGCUCUAUGAGGCACAGGUUCCUGAGAACAGUGCGCUCAGUUCUGUUGUUGUCACUGUGUCUGCCCGAGAUUUAGAUGCAGGAAUACACGGGAGUGUAGUCUAUACUUUACUUCAUGGCGACGAAGUUACCCAGCCCUUUGUAAUAGAUGAAAUGACAGGAGAAAUUCGUCUGAAACGCACAUUGGAUUUUGAGGAAAAUCAGUACUAUAGCCUGGAAAUUGUAGCCACGGACAGUGGAGGCUUCUCGGGGAAAUGCUCUGUCUCUAUAGAGGUGUUGGAUGUGAAUGACAACGCCCCUGAACUGACCAUGUCCACGCUCAGCACAUCUGUUCCAGAAAACGCCCCAGAAACUGUGGUUGCCAUUUUCAGUGUGUCUGAUCCAGAUUCUGGAGACAAUGGUAGGAUGGUUUGCUCCAUCCAAAACGAUGUACCCUUCUUUUUGAAGCCUUCUUUCAAGAACUUUUACACCCUGGUGACAGAAGGACCACUGGACAGAGAAAGUCGAGCCGAGUACAACAUCACCAUCACCGUCACCGACCUGGGGACGCCCAGGCUGAAAACCCAGCACACCAUCACCGUGCUGGUCUCCGACGUCAACGACAACGCCCCCACCUUCACCCAAAGCUCCUACACCCUCUCGGUGCCCGAGAACAACAGCCCCGCCCUGCACAUCGGCAGCGUCAGCGCCACAGACUCAGACUCGGGCACCAACGCCCAGCUCACCUACUCGCUGCUGCCGCCGCCCCACGACCCGCUCCCGGGCCUCGCCUCGCUCGUGUCCAUCAACGCCGACACCGGCCAGCUGUUCGCGCUGCGGGCGCUGGACUACGAGGCCCUGCGCGCCUUCGAGUUCCGCGUGCGCGCCACCGACCGCGGCGCGCCCCCGCUCAGCGGCCAGGCGCGCGUGCGCGUGCGCGUGCUGGACGCCAACGACAACGCGCCCUUCGUGCUGCACCCGCUGCAGAACGCGUCCGCGCCCUGCACCGAGCUGCUGCCCCGCGCCGCCCAGCCCGGUUACCUGCUCACCAAGGUGGUGGCGGUGGACGCCGACGCGGGCCAGAACGCCUGGCUGUCCUUCCAGCUGCUGCAGGCCAGCGAGCCCGGGCUGUUCAGCGUGUGGGCGCACAGCGGCGAGGUGCGCACCGCCAGGCCGCCGGGCGAGCGCGACGCGCCCAGGCAGCGGCUGCUCGUGCUGGUCAGGGACAACGGCCAGCCGCCGCUGUCGGCCAGCGUCACGCUGCACGUGCUGCUGGUGGACGGCUUCUCGCAGCCGCACCUGCCUGGGCCCGAGGCGGCGGCCGAGCGCGCGCAGGCCGACCCGCUCACCGGCCCCCUGGUGGUGGCGCUGGCCUCGGUGUCGUCGCUCUUCCUGUGCUGGCUGCUGCUCUUCGUGGCGCUGAGGCUGUGCGGGAGGAGCGGGCGGGCCGCGCUGCCUGGCUGCCCUGCGCCCGAGGGCCCCUUUCCGGGCCAGCUGCUGGACGUCAGCGGGGCGGGCACGCUGGCCCACAGCUACCAGUAUGAGGUGUGUCUCACUGGAGACUCUGGGACUGGUGAGUUCAAAUUCCUGAAGCCUCUAUUCCCCAACCUCGCGGAUCUGGAGACUGGGGGAGAACUUAGGGACAACCCCACCUGCAGGAACAGCUCUGUAUUCAGUUAAUUACAGUAUUUGUUAAGUAAAUUUCAUUAAUUAUGGCAAAGUUCCCAUUAUAAUUUUUUCUCUUAAGAAAUUGUGUUGUAAUGUAAACAUUGAAACUACUCUUUCAAAUUUAUUCAUGUUCUUCAGAGCACUGGACUUGUUCCCUGCAUUUUAGUAUUUAGAAUUUUUAUUAGUGCUGGAUAUUAAGGUUUCUCUAGGUAGUUUACAUUCUUUUGGUGAAUAAUCUUUCCACAACUAUGAAUUAUUCAAGUAAUAUAAAAUUUACAGCUCAGUAUUUGAAAAUUAGGCAUCUUUUUCCUGCCUAUGCUACAUAAUGAAUCCCACACCAAUGAAUACUACAUAGUAAGACUGUCACAAAUUUUAUUUUACUCCAGUUAAUGUCUUCUGAAAUUUUUAAAAUUGUUUUUAUACUAUUUGUUUACCAUAUAACUUCAUCUUUUCAAGGCUGUUGGAAAUUCUCUAUUUUAUUUUAUUAAUUUUGAGGUUUGAACUCAGGACUUCUUGAAUGUUAACCAUACAUUCGACUCUUGAUCUAUACUGCACCUGAAAUAUUUUAUGGUUACAGGACAUUACUGGUUGACUGUACUAUCAAGUGAAACCCCCUGAAGAAACAAAAGCAUAAAGCUGAGUAUAUUCCUCUUACACUGUAAGAAGCAUGCACCUCAUUAAAAUAUUAGUACACUAAAA